CCGCUGUUCGAAACUAUAAGCAUUGACCUGGCUAACGGAACAAGAAGACGUUUUCCAUUUCAGGAAAACCCGAUUUUCACGAGGACUCUUCUGCAGCGUUACCUUAGCUAUUAACAUCAUAAAAUACGCAACAUAACCAAUGGAACUUUGCUGGCGGUAAUUUAGCAGUGCGGUCGGCCGAAGCGUCGGCGGCUGCGAACGUUGUGCUGACGGGCAGCAAAAGUAGCCGCGGUAGCCAUGAAAGUGAAGGUUAUUAGCCGUUCGGAGGAGGAGUAUACACGGGAGCGCACCAGCGACCUGCGCAAGGUGCAGCGGAACUAUGACCCGCAGCUGCACCAGUUCGAGAAGGCCAAGGAGUACACGCGUGCGCUGAACGCCGCCAAGCUAGACCGCAUCUUUGCGAAACCUUUCAUCGCGGCGCUGCCGCACGACGACGGCGUGACGUGCCUGGCGCGCAACCCGCGCCUCAUCAACUCCAUCGUCGCCGGUGCCGCCGAUGGCGACAUCCGCAUCUGGGACAUUCCUCAGGAGCGCGUGCUGCGGCGGCUGGUGGGCCACACCGCCGCCGUGAAGGGCAUUUCCUUCGCGCCCGACGGCGAGACCGUGGUCUCGGCCAGCACCGACGCCACGGUCAAGCUUUGGAAGGUGCCCUACGCGCCCUUCGAGGCCGGCGACGUCCAGGAGGACGCCGAGCCCGUGUUUGAGUUCAGCGGAAAGAACGCAUUCCGUGGCAUUGACCACCACUGGGAUCGAACUCAAUUCGCGACGGCAGGCGCGGCGGUGGACAUCUGGGACCACAGCCGCUCUGAGCCCAUCCAGACGUUCACGUGGGGCUCGGACACGAUUACCUCGGUCCGCUUCAACCCGGCCGAGGCCGACACGUUCGCCUCCACGGGCUCGGACCGUUCCAUCGCGCUAUACGACCUGCGCCGCGCCACGCCGCUGCGCAAGGUGGUCAUGCAGACCCGCUGCAACGCUCUGGCCUGGAACCCCAUGGAGCCCUUCAACUUCACCGCGGCCAACGAGGACUGCUGCCUCUACACCUACGACAUGAGGCGCCUGCAGUCGGCGCUGUGCGUGCACAAGGACUUUGUGUCUGCGGUGAUGGACGUGGACUACUCGCCCACGGGCCGUGAGUUCGUGGCGGGCAGCUACGACCGCUCGCUGCGCAUAUUCGCCACCAGCGGCGGACACAGUCGCGAGGUGUACACCACCAAGCGCAUGCAGCGCGUGUUCGCGGUGCGCUUCAGCGGCGACGCCACCUACGUCUUCAGCGGCAGCGACGACAUGAACGUGCGCGUGUGGAAGGCCAAGGCCGCGGAGCAGCUGGGCGUGCGGCUGCCGCGUGAGAAGCACAAGCAGGCCUACAACGACGCCCUGGUGGAGCGCUACAAGCACAUGCCAGAGGUCAAGCGCAUCACGCGGCACCGGCACCUACCCGCAGCCAUCUACAAGGCCGCCAAGACGCGGCGCGCCGUCACCGAGUCCGACAAGCGCAAGCUGCAGCGGCGCAUCGAGCACUCGGCGCCGGGGGCCAUCACCGUCAAGCCCGAGCGCAAGAAGAAGAUCCUGGCGCAGGUGGAGUAAUACGCCCUGGUGCAGCAGGAGGAGGACGAGCUGCAGGCGUUGGUGUAGUAGGCUUUGGUGGUGGAGAAGGAGCAGGAGGAAGAGCUGGGGGAGUAAGAGGGGUUUGGGUGGAAGAGGAGCAGGAGCUGGAGAGGGCUGAGCUCGGAUGGUUGUGGCAAGGGAUUACAGGGAGGUGGUGGUGGUGGUGCGGCACGCAGGUUCCAGUCGGGGGUGCGGUGGGCUGGCGGAGGCGGGCGUGGGAGGUUGUCUACACGGUCUGUGGAGAGGGUCGGGGCUCACGAUGGCGCUGGUGCGGCCGUUGGUGUCCUGGAUUGACGCAUGGACGUAUGGGUGAGCAGGAGCGCGCGCGGGUAGGCUCGGAGGCGGCUGCAGUGCUGCACGUGGGCUGUGUGGUCCCUGUGUUGGUUAUGCGCGUUUGGUAAGCAUCGAGGUUUGGUAACCAUGGGUGUUGGUUUGGUGACCAUGGUAGUGUCAGGGGGGGGGUAGGAACAAACUUUUUUGACCCCAUGCCACAAA